AUGGAAGAACUGGCCCGGGAGAGCAUCAGCCUGCUGGCCCGGUCCGCGUCCCACGCAGACCCCCCGCGGCUCGGCUCCUUCGGGGCGGUCUUCAUCAUGCUGAAGUCUGCGCUGGGAGCUGGACUCCUGAACUUCCCAUGGGCCUUUGAGAAGGCAGGUGGAGUGACCACCGCCGUCAGCGUGGAGCUGGUGUCUCUGGUUUUCCUCAUCAGCGGCCUGGUCAUCCUGGGCUAUGCGUCAUCGGUCAGCAGGCAGAAAACCUACCAGGACGUGGUCCGAGAGGUGUGUGGCCGAGCCGUGGGCCAGCUCUGUGAAGUUUGCUUCUGCUUCAACCUCUUCAUGAUUAGUGUGGCCUUCCUGGUGGUGAUUCAGGACCAGCUGGAGAAACUGUGCAUUUCUUUAUAUGAGGCCGUGACGGGUUCCAGCGAGGGAGACAUGCCGUAUUACUGGUACACCGACCAGCGGUUUGCCCUCUUCAUCAUGUGCCUCAUCAUCAUCCUGCCACUGUCCAUCCCCAAAGAAAUCGGCAUCCAGAAAUACACGAGUGUGUUGGGGACGCUGGCUGCUACGUAUCUGUGUGUGGCAGUCAUCAUCAAAUAUUACCUGAUGGAUAGCCACACAGCCAUAAUAACCCCGGAGCACAGCCAAGGCGUGAGUUCAUGGGCGUCGAUGUUCAGCGUUGUUCCAACUAUUUGCUUUGGCUUCCAGUGUCAUGAAGCUUGCAUAGCGAUCUACAGCAGCAUGGAGAACCAGAAGCUGUUCCACUGGGUGGUCAUCUCCGUGCUCUCCAUGUUUUUCUGUUUGCUCAUCUACACUCUGACCGGUGUGUACGGCUUCAUGACGUUUGGACGAGCCGUCGCAUCAGAUAUUUUGAUGUCAUAUCCUGGAAAUGAUGUGGUCAUGAUCAUCUCCAGAUUACUUUUUGGAAUAUCAAUCGUUACCAUCUAUCCUAUUAUUCUUCUUCUGGGGAGAUCUGUCGUCCUCAACCUGAUGUUACGGGUCCAGAGGCGGCGGCGGGGCAUCGUCACUCACUCGUUUGAGAGCCGCUGCAGGGUGGUCCUUACCGUGCUCUGGAUCACCCUCACUCUUCUCAUCGCCAUGUUCGUCCCUGACAUGGGCGACGUCAUCAGCGUCAUUGGUGGAAUCAGUGCCUUCUUCAUCUUCAUCUUUCCUGGUCUUUGCUUAGUGUUCACUAUGCAGACUGAAAAUGUCCCUGCAAGAGUCAAGGCCGUUUUAACCGUUUGGGGGGUCGUAACUAUUGUGGUCGGAGCCUUCAUCUUCGGGCAGAGCACCACCAUCGCUGUGAUGGAGAUUUUCGACAAAAUCUGA